UUCUGCCUCGGAGCGAAUCGACGAGAACGAUUGCUCCUCGAUGGGGGGAUGGCAACGAUAUUCGUCCCAGCGAUUCAGGCACUACGGAGGAUCAUCGGAUCGAUGUCAGGUGCAGGAACCAAAAUCUGUACGGACCCAGAAAUGCUUCAGCACAGGAAUACUGUAAUGACAUCUGCAACGACGGAAACUGCUUCGAUAGUUACCCUGACAAGUGCGGCAAGUCGUUUGAAUAUGUGGGUUGCGACUGUGAGCAGAAUGCGUGCAUAUGCUAUUACAGGAUUUAACGAUUUAAUUUCCACUUGAAGAAGAAGAAGAAGAAGAAGAAGAGAUCAGAUCGAGGAUUUCAUCGCUCUAUUGUUGAAUGUUCUUGUGGCCAUUUGUCUAAUGCAG